AUGGCUUCUCAUCAGGCCACCGUCAGCGACGAGCUCGAGAACUCUUUUUGUCUUGCUGACUCUCCCGGACAACUUCCCAAGUCUCUCCAGCAGCUCAUGGAGUCGUCCCACCCGCCCUUUGAGUCCCCUCAGCAGGCCCCCAAGUCUACCCAGCAGUUCCUUGAUGCUCCCGAGCUUCCUGAGGCCGCCCAGUGCCCUGAGUCUCUCAAGCAACCUGCCGAGGUAGCCGAGCCCAUCUGCAUCAUCACCAAAGCCGCCACCAAGACCUACCACAAGCGCCAGAAACCCGCUCGCCAGACCCGCAAGCAGAAAUUCGUCGCCGCCAAGAAUCGCCACGGCGAGGCCGCCCGCGAGCGCAAGAACGGCACUCGCUUCCACGUCACGCCCCUGAUGACGUCCCCAACAGGCCUGAAGCAAAAGUUCCCGCCCACCUUCAACGAGGACUACGCCGUCGGUCUCUGGGACACUGACCGCAACCCCCGCAAGCUUGGCUUCAGCAACAAGAACUGGCGCGUCUAUCUGUCCAGCAUGCCCCUCAUCAAGCUCCGCAAGGGUACGUUUGCACUUGACACGCCGCCUCCUUACUCCAAGUUAAGGUUAGCUAACCGUGCAAAAGAGAAGGAGGCCGAGGAGGAGGCCGAGAAGCAGUUGGAGGCGGCCGAGGAGGAGGCCAGAAUGCAUGAGUUCGCUGUCGCUCUUCUUGGUCUUUAG